AUGGUCCAAUUCGCAUCCAUUACCUUUAUUGCAGCGGCCGCCUUUGCCGCUUCUUUACCACGCGACGUCUUGGAAACGAUUACCAAUCUAGAGAGCGUCGACGCACAGGUGAACACUCUGACUCAAACGACCGUAGCUUGGGACGGGUCUGGAGCCGGCGCGUUGGCCAUUGUAUCUGCUGUUUCUAUGUUACAAAGCAACAUUGAGACGGGCACCUUGGACGCUUCGGAUGAGUCAACAGCAUCAUCUGCCGACUCGCAAACCAUUCUCGAUUAUGUCACGGGGACACUGGGUCCAGACUUCACCAUAACCCUUAACGAGUUGGUCUCCCGCCAGGCCGAUAUUGAGAGCAUUGGUGCUUCUUCCGACGUACUUAGCUCUCUGGGAGACCUUAAAAGCGAUGUCGAUGCCUACGGUGCUGCGUUGAUCACCAUCACUAGUCCUGACCUGCAAGCCGAUGCUCAGAUAGCUCUUACCAGUAUUGAUGGGGAAUUUGAUGCGGCUAUCGCUGUCUUCUCUUGA